AUGAGUCUUGUUUGGUUGGCUUUCCAGGAUUUCCUGGGCCAGGCCGAACAGCUUGGCGCAUGGUCGAGCGUGACUCGGAAGAGCUUUGGUACCACGUCCGGAUGCGCGUUAGUGAAGGCAGUAGAUCGCGGUCUAAAAAGUGUAUGCCAGCGGAUAUCGCUGUUCUGGCCCACCUGCUUUCGCAACGCAGUCCAGAUCACACGAUUGAAGAGCUUGGUCAUCGGAUACGACCAAGCCGGAGAGUGCGUCCAGCUUCAUAAGGUCGCUAGCGGAGCUGUUUAUAGCAGCGCUCGCGAUAGCACCGACGCCGGCUCACUCACCGGCGUUCGGACAAUCUACGAAGAUACGAAUACUGCACCUUCAGCAGUUUCGAAAUCUGCU